GGAAAUGGUGGCAUUAAAAUACCAGCCCCAGAAUAAUACGACUUUUGGACGACUGGAAUCCCAUCGCUGGCUGCUCUCCCUCAAGUCCAUCCGUGCCGGCACCACCGUCAUAGCUCCCUUCUCUAAGCUCUCCCUCUCUUUCUCUCUCUCCGACCACCUGCUGCUGCUUCUUCUUCUUCUUCCUGGCGAUCCUGACGCCUUGUGAGAGCGCCGCCAUGGAUACUGCUCAGUGGCAUCAGGAAAUAGGGCUGGUGAAGCCCGCGGAGAUGGUGUCUUCCACCGCCACCACCAGCGGGAGUAAUAGUUGCACCACGGCCAGGCCGCAGGUGACGGAGAGGAGGGCCAGGCCGCACAAGGGGCAGGCGCUCAGCUGUCCCCGGUGCAACUCCACCAACACCAAGUUCUGCUACUACAACAACUACAGCCUUACUCAGCCCAGGUACUUCUGCAAGACCUGCAGGAGAUAUUGGACCGAGGGUGGAUCUCUCAGAAACGUUCCUGUAGGCGGUGGCUCGAGAAAGAACAAGCGGUCCUCCGUCUCCUCCUCCUCCACCACCACCACCACCACCGCCGCCGCCGCCGCCGCCUCCAUGAUCACCUCUUCCACCGCCACCGCUACAUCUGCAGUAGUGUCAAACCCUAAAAAGCUCCCAACCGACUUCGUCCCCCCUCCCAUCUCGCUCUCUGCUUCUCACAAGUUCCAUGAGGGACAAGACCUGAACCUGGCUUUCCCUCACCCUACACUCCCUGAGUUCAAUGACUUCCCCGGCUUGGAGAGCACUACAGUCAACAACAACAACAGUAGCAACACCGACAACAGCAGCAACCCAUGCAAUGCUGUUGGUGCUCUCUCUGCCAUGGAGCUACUGAGCAGCGGUAUGACCGCAAGAGGGAUUGGGCCAUUCGUGCCGAUGACGCUGCCGGAAUACCCAACCGGGUUCGGGUUGCAGGACUUCAGGGCUGCUGCCCUUAGCUUCCCGAUGGAAGGCAUUGACGGAGGGGGAGGAGAAGGGGGUACCGGUGGGUAUGAAUCAUUGCAGGGGUUGCAGGAGGGUGCCGGUGGAAGGCUGUUGUUCCCUUUUGAGGACCUGAAGCCAGGAGUCCAUACAAGCACUGCUGAGUUCGAGAACAACCGGAGCCAAGGUGGUCAUCCUCCUGGCUUCUGGAAUGGGAUGAUGGGCGGAGGAGGCUCAUGGUAGAAGCAUUCCUUGAUUCUAAGAAGCAAAAGCUAAAAUUCGAGCGUGUAUUUACUUUCUGCUCUGGUUUCAGAUGAUGGUAUUGAACCACUUUAUUCGGGAUUUGCUGAGAACUAACAGAGGACAAGAAGAUACAUGAGGUUCCUUCUCCUUCA